ACCUCCCGACCCUCGUCACUCCUUUGUUUGGCAUAAUUUCCUUUGUACUUAUAUCAUCACCUCAUGUAUAUUGUCUUUUUGGAUGGUUCGGCUCGGCUAUUUCCACUGCGGGUCACGUGGAUACGGCCCGGUUUCCUUACGGUACCAAAAAAAGCAUUCGGGAUCUCCUUUUGUCAUAGUUAUUGUGUUCCCUUCCCUUAUUUUCUUUGUCGCUCAUCAUUUGGCUUACUGGGUAUGGGGUUAAUCAUUGUGUAUAGAGGAGAUUGAGGAGUGCUGUCCAUUGUUUUGCAUGUAUAUGGUUGGGUUUUGGAGACUUUUGG